GUUUAGCGUCACUAGUUGUAGCCGUAGUUGUGCGUCGAGAAGUGAACUGCAGCAGCCACCGCUAAUCGUCGGAACGGGAACGGAGCAUCGACGCUCGCAUAGUAUAAGGCAUGUUGCCACUCGACGAUAAAAGUGGCCUCCUCGGGGAAUUGAAGGCUGCUGCGCAGAACAGGUGGUCGCGCUGGGAAGCAGUCAGGAAAGGCCGCCUGCUGGAAGCCACGCGAGCCGGCAACCGGCUCGCGAUCGUGGAGGCCGUGUCCGGGCUGCUGCCCGAAUACGAGCUGGAGGCGUACUACGACGGCAAGAAUGAAGCCGCGGCCACGGAGCUGCUCGAGCGCGGGCAGCUGACCGAGGCGCUGGCCCGGGCGCCGCCGACGAGCGGCCUCUUCGGGCGGGUCCUCGGUCGCCGAAUGCGCCACUACUACCGCGCGGGCGAGCUGGCGCGCUGCGCCCGCGACUGCCGCUACGCGGAGCAGCGAGUGCAGGAGCGGGACGAGGAGUGCGCGGCCCUGCGGGUGGAGGCCCUCGUGCUGCGCGCCCACUGCAGCAGAGCCGCGGGCGAGGCGCCCGAGGUGGCGCGCGGCCUGCUCAACGAGGCCAUGCGCCGCAUCAACGAGAUCGCGGCUAGCGCUAACGACUCGCGCUCGGCCAAGGCGCGCCUGCUGCGGAGCUGCUUGCUGGACAGCGAGCCGGCGCCCGCGGGCGACGCCGCUCGCGGAGCCGCUGCUCGGCCGUCGACGGUGCCGCCGGACCUGCACGCUGGGCCACAUCGCUUCUUGAGCUGCUGCUCGGCUACCUUGGCCCUGUCGCGCGAGCCCGCGCGGGGACGGCUGCUGCGCGCCGCACGCGACAUCGAGCCGGGCAGCGUGCUCAUCGUCGACCGGCCUUACUCCUUCAGCACCGACCUGCCUGCCCUCCGCACCAAUUGCGCCAACUGUCACCUGUCGUUCCGGCUUGUCAACGUCACGCAGAUUCCUUGCAGCGCCUGCACGACGGUCAGGUAUUGCUCGGAGCAGUGUGCUCAGCAGGCAUGGGACAGAUUCCACAAAUACGAGUGCCGAAUCUUCAAAUACUUUUACCACAACGAUUUGCAAAAGUGCAAUGCUCUCUUGGCCUAUAGAACGGUAGCCACGGCUUGUUUGGGCGAGGACUUUAUUCGCCUUCACGAAAAUGACAAAGAUUCGAUUGACGUGACGCUGCUGAUGGAUAAAUACGAGCCGGAUAAUUACGAAACAGUGUUUGGCUUAGAAACUCACUGCACCGAUCGUCAGUUGAAAUCGUACCUUGAUACUGCAGUUUGUUCCAUUUUUCUGGCAAGCUGCCUGAUUUACUCGUUGAGGCAACUUGGCUUAAAGGUAGAUUUCUCUGAAAAGUUUGAGAAUAUCUUGGCAGUAAGUUUUCUACGCAAUAUACAAGCCAUCGAGUGCAAUGCAUAUGAAAUUGUUGAGAACGUUCGUAACGAGGAAACAAAGGUAUUUGAGCCGCGAAAUGUCGGAGGAGCUAUCUAUACUAGCGUCAGUUUGACCAAUCAUAGUUGCUAUCCAAACGUUGUUAGGCACUGCUUUCCCAAUGGUGUUGUCGCCGUUACGUCGUUGCGCUCUAUACCAAAAGGGUCGGAAAUCCUUGAUUGUUACGGACAACAUUUUCUAGAGAACGACAGAGAUCACAGACGCAGACAUUUGAAAAUGAAAUAUUACUUUGAAUGCCAAUGUGAAGCGUGUUCGUUUGAUUGGCCAUCAAAAUUGCAGAAUAAUGAUUUUAGUUUCAAGUGUAAGCGGUGUUUGAAACAGUGCCGCAAAUCUCACAACACUCUAGAGUGUACAGAAUGCGGGCAGAAAAGUGGGAUUAGCAAAUUAUAUAAUUUACUUCAAAGUUCAAUCGAGAAAAAAAGAGUCACGGCUCUAACGAAGAUGUAUGAUGGCUAUUAUAAUGAAGCUCUGCCACUGCUUAUCGAACAUGCUAAAUUCAUUGGAAAAAUACUAGUUGAACCAAGUUUGGAAGCAAUCAAAACGCAACAAUCUAUCAUUCAAUGCUUAAAUGCUAUGUCUUGUACAUCAGUUUAAAACAA